AAACAUAACCAGAGAAGACAUAACCACAUAAUUUUACGUUUUUAUAACUAUUAAAACAGCUGUAAAUUAAUGAUGGUUAUUUAAAAAACAUUUAUAUUGCAGUUAUUUCGAUUAUUACAAUAUGUCUGAAAAACGUCCUAAUAGUUUUGGAUCAUACAGUCCUGGGAAAAAGGCGCGAACUGCGGAUAUUCGACGACCUCCAAUACUUAAGGUUAAUCCUAAAGAUACAACUCUUAAGUUUCAACAGUUGGAAAUAGAUCAUUAUAUUGAUAAACCAUUCCGUGGAAUGCCUGGAGCUCAGACAGGAUCAGUACCGGUUAUGCGAAUAUUUGGUGUUACUGAGAAAGAAAACAGCGUGUGUCUACAUAUUCACGGUUUUUCUCCUUAUUUUUAUGUUUCUUUGCCACAGGCGUUUGAAGAAGAUGAAAUAUCUGCUUUUAAGGAUAAGUUAAAUGCUGCAGUAUUUGCGGAUAUGCGAGGAAAUAAAGACACGACAGAACCUAUUUUAUUUAUGGAAAUAGUAAAGGGUAAAUCAUUGAUGGAAUAUACAGGAGAUGAUAAUCAAAAGUUUAUGAGAAUAACUGUUGCAUUACCAAAACUAGUAGCAUCAACCAAGAGAAUUUUAGAGACUACUACUGUAUAUCAACCUUUAUCUCUUCAUCAGUUUGUUUUCUAUGAAGCUAAUAUUGAUAUCGAUUUGAGAUUUAUGGUUGAUACGAAGGUUUUGGGUUGUACAUGGAUAGAAUUACCAGCUGGAAAGUGGUUUAGACGUACUGAACAUACUGAGAGACCCAUAAGUUCAGCAUGUCAAAUUGAGGGUGAUAUUGCAUGGACGGACUUUAUAGCCCAUAAUCCAGAAGGAGAAUGGGCAAAAGUUGCUCCUUUUAGAAUAUUAAGUUUUGAUAUUGAAUGUGCAGGACGAAAAGGUAUUUUUCCUGAGCCAAAUAUCGAUCCUGUAAUACAGAUCGCAAAUGUAAUUCAAUUACAUGGCAGCAAGGAACCGUUUCAUAGGAAUGUAUUCACCUUAAAUACUUGCGCGCCAAUAAGUCAUGCUGAGGUUUUCUGCUAUGAUAAAGAAGAAAAUAUGUUGUCUGCAUGGGCAGAUUUCGUUCGUAAAGUGGAUCCAGAUAUUCUAAGUGGUUAUAACAUCAAUAAUUUUGAUUUGCCAUAUUUACUGGACAGGGCCAAGCAUUUUAAAUUAAAGACUUUUGAUUUCUUAGGAAGAAUAUUAUCUGUUAGAUCAGUCAUAAAAGAAACGAUGAAUCAAACGAAGGUCGGAAAACGUUUGUUUAAAUCAGUGAAUGUGGAUGGUCGGAUUGUCUAUGACAUGUUAACUGUUGUUAAACGAGAUUUCAAAUUACGAUCGUAUACUUUAAACAAUGUUUGUCAGGAAAUAUUGGGGGAACAAAAGGAAGAUGUACAUUACAGUAUCAUAACCGAUUUGCAAAAUGGUGACGAUCAGACUAGACGCAGAUUGGCAGUUUAUUGUAUAAAAGAUGCUGAUUUGCCGCUACGAUUAAUGAAUCACGUUAAAAGUUUUACUAAUGAUGUGGAAAUGGCAAGGGUAACGGGGGUUCCGAUAACAAGUUUACUAACAAAAGGAGAGCAGGUUAAAGUUGUCGCACAACUUUUAAGACACGCUCAAGAUGCAGGCUACUUUAUGCCAACACAUCAUCAAAGUAUUAGUUCUGAUCAAUAUGAGGGUGCUACAGUAAUCGAACCUAUACGUGGCUACUAUACCAAUCCCAUUGCAACAUUAGAUUUCAGUUCUCUAUAUCCCAGUAUUAUGAUAGCGCAUAAUUUAUGUUAUACAACUUUAUUAAGAACAUCUUCUGCUGAAAAAUUGGGUUUGAAUCCCGAUCAAGUGACAACAACUCCAGCUAAUAACAAGUUUGUAAAAGCAAGUGUUAGGCGGGGGUUGCUGCCUCAAAUUUUGGAGCAGCUUUUAGCUGCUCGCAAACGAGCCAAGACUCAAUUAAAAGAAGAAACAGAUCCUGUAAUGAGGGCCGUGCUAGAUGGUAAACAGUUGGCUUUAAAAAUUUCUGCCAAUUCGGUUUAUGGCUUUACUGGGGCCCAAGUUGGAAAAUUACCCUGUUUGGAAAUAUCGGGUAGUGUUACUGCGUACGGUCGUUCCAUGAUUGAGCAGACACGCCAAGAGGUUGAACAACACUAUAAUGUUAAAAAUGGUUACGAAAAUGACGCUAAAGUUAUUUAUGGUGACACAGACUCCGUCAUGGUGAAUUUUAAAGUGAGUGACAUACAGAGAAGCAUGGAAUUAGGAAAAGAAGCUGCGGAAUUGAUCAGUAGCAAAUUCGUAAAACCCAUUAAAUUAGAAUUUGAAAAAGUAUAUUUUCCGUAUUUAUUGAUAAACAAAAAACGCUAUGCUGGUUUAUAUUUCACAAAACCAGACAAAUAUGACAAAAUGGAUUGCAAAGGAAUAGAAACAGUACGAAGAGACAAUUGUACUUUGGUAGUUGAUGUCAUUAGCACUUGUUUACAAAAGCUACUAAUUCAUAGGGAUCCGGAUGGUGCUGUGUCUUAUGCAAAAGAAGUAAUAUCAAAUUUGCUUCAGAAUAAUGUAGACAUUUCAAAAUUAGUUAUAACUAAAGAACUUACUAAAGACGAUUAUGCUGCAAAACAGGCUCAUGUGGAGUUGGCUAAGAAAAUUGCCAAAAGAGAUCCAGGUAAUGCUCCAAAAUUGGGUGAUCGGAUUCCUUAUGUUAUCAUUGCAGCAACAAAAAGUGCAAGAGCUUACGAGAAAGCUGAGGAUCCUAUUUACGUGCUAGAAAAUAAUAUUCCAAUAGAUUCGAAUUAUUACCUAGAGAAUCAGUUAUCGAAACCAUUAGUGAGAAUUUUUCAACCAGUGCUUGGCGACAAUGCAGAGUCUAUAUUACUUCGAGGGGAGCAUACAAGAACGAGAACAUUUGUAACUUCGAGGGUCGGAGCCCUAGCGGCUUUUACUCAGAAAAAGGAAACGUGUAUGGGUUGUCGAUCAGUAUUACCAAAGGGAUAUGAAAAUGAACCUCUUUGUGCUUACUGUAAACCCAAGGAAGCAACUUAUUAUAAACAAGAGUUGGGGUAUCACAGGUUGCUAGAAGAAAGAUUCUCAAAACUAUUUACAGAAUGCCAGAGGUGCAUGGGUUCUCUUCAUCAAGAAAUAUUAUGUACAAGCAGGGACUGCCCAAUUUUUUAUAUUAGAAAAAAAGUACAAAUAGAAUUGGAAGCAGCAAAUAAAAGGAUUGCAAGGUUUGGUGAUGUUUUUGAAGAAGAGGAAUUGGACUUUUGAUAAUUUUACUCAGUAAGUUGAAUUAAAUAAUUAAAUGCGUGCAUUCAAAAAGUAUUGUUAAUC